GACAAAGUCUUUAAAUAGCCAACUCGACUCUUCUCAGUCGACACUAUAUAGGAAUUGGAUCCCGAAACGGAACAUAGUUAUAUAAUGGCGCCGGUCAAUAAUUCAACCAGGUCCGCUUGGAACUCGAGUGAUGAAGUGAAACAACAGGACGAAGAAUUGCUCUGCGUUGACGGAAUCAUUCUUCCGGCCUGGAUGCCGCUGCAGAACGUGAGCACGGGCGUUCUGGCAUUUCGCGGAAUAGUGUAUAUCGCUUCGCUGAUUUACCUGUUUGUCGGAGUGGCCAUUUUGGCCGACAAAUUCAUGGCUUCCAUCGAGAUGAUUACGUCGAAGAAGAAAGUAGUCAAAGUCAAAGAUGAAAAUGGCAAGACCCAAACGGUGGUGGUCCGGGUGUGGAACGAAACGGUCGCCAAUUUGACGCUGAUGGCCCUCGGUUGUUCCUGCCCGGAGAUUCUUUUGUCCAGCAUCGAAAUUAUCGGUAAAGGCUUCGAAGCAGGUGAAAUGGGUCCGGGAUCGACAGUGGGCAGUGCGGCUUUUAACCUGUUCGUCAUUAUAGGCGUUUGCAAUUGGGCCAUUCCGGACGGCCAGGUGCGUAAAGUCAAGCGGGUAUCUGUGUUUUUAGUCACGGCAGCUUGGUCGAUUUUCGCCUAUCUGUGGCUCUACUUGAUCACGGCCGUCAUCUCGCCGGGCGUGAUCGAAGUCUGGGAGGCACUCGUCACUUUCGCUUUCUUCCCCAUGACGGUCCUCUCCGCCUACGUGGCCGACCGACACGUCCACAUUUACGACUACAUUUCAAAGACUUACCGUAUGGGUCGAAACGGCGUCAUCGUCGAAAUGACCACCGACGAGGCCGAAGUCGUCAACUCGGAACCCAACGACCGAAUCAGCAAUUGCUUCAAAAAAUUCGCCGAAGAGACUGAAAACGAAGAAAUUCGUGAAUUCGAGAAUCACCGACGGGCGUUCAUCAUUCUUCUGAAGAAUUUGCGGCGCAAGUAUCCCAUGCUGAAAUCCAAUCAGCUCGAAUUAAUGGCCACCAAAGAGAUGCUCAAUCGAGGAUCCAAGAGCAAAGCUUUCUACCAAGUGCUGGCCUCCAAGAUGCUCACCGGUCGUGUAGUCGAGCACUCAUCCCGCCGACCCAAAUUGAAUCUGACGGAACUCUUUCAAGAAUUCCAUCCGUCCAGCACCUCGCCGGCCGUUCAGCCGCGGAAUAUUGACCGGCAAAUAACCAAAGUCUUUUUCAGUCCCGCUCACUACACCGUCAUGGAAAAUGUCGGCCAGUUCGACGUGACGGUUGUCAGGGAGGACGGCGAUUUGGAGAGACUCGUGUUCGUCGAUUACACGACGGAAGAUGGCGAAGCCACGGCGGGAAAGGACUUUGAAGUCAACCGUGGAACCAUUUGUUUUGAACCAGGAGUUACUUCACAGACCAUCUCCAUCCGAAUUAUUGAUGAUGAUCUCUACGAAGAAGAUCAACAUUUUUACAUUCGGCUGUUAAACAUUAGGACAGGCAACCGGUUCGAAUACCUUUGCGGGAAAGGUGAAAUUGCGGACGACGCUUAUUUGACAACGGUCGAGAUUCACGGCGAGAUUGCGCCAUCCUAUUCCAUGACGUUGGAUGUUGAAAAUUUCGGAGAUACGGCUCCGCCCCGAUAUUCUGUCACUGCUCGCGAAAUCCUCAGCGCUUUGAAGUCAAAUAAAAACCUGAGAAGACCUUCGUGGUUUCAUUACGACGAGAGCGACGGGGAACUCUCCACAACGGGAGAUGACGACGUUUUCGUCGAUGCCGUGUCUCAAUUCGACACCAGCACCAUCGACGAAAAUGAUCAGGUUUUUCAGGGAAAUCGAGUUAAAUGCUCCGAUUCAAAUAAGGGAAUAGCCAAUAAUGAUGCGAUGACUUUGUCACCGUCUCAAACGACUUUGGUGACUUCCGUUUCAUAUUCAUCCGGACGCGUUAGCCUUACCAAACUGAAAUCCGAUAAAACUGAUCGUAAAAGAUCUGUAGAAUUUUUCUCGGAACGCGAGUCCUCCAAUAAUUCAGACAGCGAAGAUGAUUCGUGUACUGACGUCCAAACAAGAGGCAAUCAAAUAGGAGAACAUUCCCAUUUACGUUUAAUUUGUCCUUCAAUGGCCACAGUGAUGAUACUGGAUGACGACCAUCGCGGAAUCUUUAGUCUCUCGGAGCGCAGUGUUUCCCUCACGGAAACGGUUGGAACUCACGUGAUGUUGAUUGUCCGAAUCGGAGGAUCUCGCUGCCGAGUGGCAAUAACUUAUCGAACAGAAGAAGGUACAGCUAAGCCAAAUAGAGAUUACCUGCACUCUCAAGGUGAAAUCAUCUUCGAAGAUGGCGAAACCGAGAGACAUGUACUAAUUCAAAUUAUAGGAGAAAGCCUGUACGAAAAAAAUGUUUUUUUCUAUUUCACCAUUGGAGAGCCAAAAUCAAUCAAAGACGGAGACUCCGACGAGAGUAUUGAUGACUUGGAGGAACUCAGCAUGCGUGAAUACAGCCAACUUUCCGAACAACAACGAAUUGCGCUAAGAGGUCGCGCCCAACUCGGAGAAGUUACCACGACAGUUAUCCAUCUCAAAGAAAGUAAACAAUUCAAAAAAACUGUUGACAAAAUGGUGUCGAAGGCUAACAAAUCUUUAAAACGCGGAACGUCUUCUUGGCUACAACAGUUUAUCGAUGCCGUCCAUAUGGAGGAAGAAAAUGAAGAAGCUGCUGGUGAUGGAACUGCCGUCGCAGAAGUGGCAACUGUUAAAAAGAAUAAAUGGAAAGAGUACACUACCCAUGCAAUUACAGUAUUUUGGCGAUUGGUCUUUGCUGUAAUUCCUCCUGAAUGUAUGGGUGGUGGUUACCCGUGCUUUUUCUCGUCGGUGGUCUGCAUUGGAAUAAUGACGGCGUUGAUUGGUGAUGUUGCUUCUCAUCUGGGUUGCACAGUUGGACUUAAGGACAGUGUUACCGCUCUGGCUUUCGUUUCUUUAGGAACCAGUCUCCCAGAUUUGUUUGCUAGCAAAGUGUCGGCCGUGCAAGAUGAACAUGCCGAUGCGUCAAUUUCCAACGUGACAGGAGCAAAUGCCGUUAACGUUUUUCUUGGCAUAGGAGUCGCUUGGUCACUUGCAGCAUUCCACCACUCAUACAACGGCACAGUAUUUCAUGUCGAAGCUGGAACAUUGGCGUUUUCUGUCACGCUCUACUGUGUUAUGGCAAUAAUUGCAAUCGUACUGCUGUCCGUUCGGCGCUGUGAUGCUGUUGGAGGAGAAUUAGGUGGCCCCAUGAAAUACAAACUGCCCACUACAGCUCUUUUGAUCGGGUGUUUUAUUCUUUACAUCCUUCUUUCAUCGAUGGAAUCCUAUGAAAUAAUUAACGGAUUUUAAAGCCUGUUAUUAUUUUUUUUUUCAUUAUUUUUUUCAAUUUUGUUAAGUAGUACGUUGACCGUUUGUUAUUUUUUAAUCUGUUGCUAUAAAAAUUGGGGUCGUUGGACCGUGGAUUGGGCUCUGAAAAUGUACUUUAUGACACGAUUUUGAAAUGACAAAGCUUGAAGAUAACAUUUGACGGUUCAGCCUGAUAACCGAAAGAUAAAAUAUUAUUACGCAAUGAUUGACUGAUGGUAUUUCCAGUUGUUCACAAAAGAACGUACAUGUUCACAACCUAUAUUAUACACUGAUGUAAUUAAAAAAAAACUAUUCCAGCUGUAGACAAUUUCCUUUGCUAUUAGAACUUUACAGUUUUAUACCUGUGAUAUGGUAUGAUGAUAUACUGUGCGGUACAUACACACACGUCUACCCGAAUGUUGCAAUGUUCACAUUUUAUUAGUAGUACGUUACUCGUAUCUUAUCUUACCAAUGCCAAGUCUCAGUGAAAAGCAAUAGUACACGUAGAAAGUAUAGGAUAUAUGAUAAAGAAACGCAGCAAUAAAAGGGGGGCGUUUUCGCUGGGCAUUUACCGCAAGAAAGAAACAGAAAAUCCGCUCAUUUUUCGCCGAAAAGGUCGAGGGAACAUUUCUAUUUUUUUAAGCCCCACAUUGAAACAGGUGCUAUUUUAAGAAAAUACCUCCAUGACCAUGAAACCCAAGACUAAAUUAAAUAUUGAGUUAUUGCAACCCAGAUGACGUUCAAUCUUGCAUUUCGCUUCACCUUCGGAUAGAUCAAGGCCGAUCUCGUUUUUCUCUGGUUUUCAAUGGCGAGCCAUGUAGUGUAGUUCGCCAUACUUCCGUUGGGAGGAUUGUUUUGGAGUUUGACGUAUUUUGACUUUUGUAUUUCUUUGUCGGUAAAACCAAUAAAUCAUCGUUUUUUUUAAAUAAACAAUAACUACGAUAGCGAUUGCUUAUUAAGGUUACACUUAACUUGCGAUAGUAUAAGUAUAUAAUCUCUUGGUAAUUUUCAUUGUUAUAUUUAACACACAAAGGUUUGGAACUUAAAAGGUUCUUGCUUGUGUAUUCUUGUUGUGUAAAACUCUGAGACUGAUUGAGAGACUGUAGACACUAAGUGUAUUUUCAUUAAAAUAAAUGUAAGUUGAUUACUUUUGUGGUUGAGGCUGUAGAUCUCGCAGAAGGAGUCAGCCUUCCCAAUAAAAAAAAUGGAAAUUUUUACAAGAGAUGAAUUCACAGAUGAGUUGUAGAGAGUGAGUUCACAUUUGAGCAGUCAGGUCCAAAUGAGAUUUUCACUUUGGUCUCCAGAAUGAGACCUUUGAAAAUGCUUCAACAAAUUAUGCCAAUCUGAAACAAUUAAGAUGGAAUUCACACGCAUUUUGAUGAAUAUGAAUUUAUAUGCUGUAAUGCACGGUAAAUAAAAGUUAUUGAUUCAAUA